AUGGCUACGGUGAAAGAGAAGGCGGCAGCUUUGAAUCUCUGCGCGGUGUAUAGCCCCGCCAACAGACCCCCAGGCUUCAGCUUGGCACAGAGACCAUUUGGAGCCACUUACAUUUGGAGCAGCAUUAUCCACGCGCUUCAGACCCAAGUUGAAGUGAAAAAACGACGUCAGAAUCUGAAAUGUUAUAAUGACUGUUUUAUUGGCUCCAAUGCAGUGGAUGUUGUCUACGCCCAUCUUCUCCAAAACAAAUAUUUUGGUGACACAGAUAUUAAUCGGAGUAAAGUUAUACGAGUAUGCCAGGCAUUGAUGGACUACAAGGUGUUUGGGGCUAUUUCCACCAAAGUCUUUGGAAAAGACAAACGAUCUGUGUUUGAGGAUAGCAGCUGCAGCCUCUACAGAUUCUCAAAUACAAGGAAUCAAGUGGAGAACCUCUGCGGAAAACCGCAUGGCCAUUCUGUGCAACAAAGGUCUGGACAGGAAAAAAGAUUAUUACUUGGUACAUCAUCAGUGAGAUCAGAAAGUUUGGAGGAUCUCUUAGAAAACCUGAGCCUAAAACCUGUUAAUCCUCCCCAAGUAAACCCAUCCUCACAUUUGUCUCGUCAAGUCAUUAAUGAAGUCUGGGAAGAGCAAACUAUUGCCCGUCUCCUGCAGUUAAUAGAUCUUCCAUUGCUUGAUCCUUUACUUAAAUACCACAAGAUUGGAUCCCAAUAUCCACAAACAAAGCAGGAACCUGAAUGUAGUAUCACAAACAACUAUCUUGACCGAGAAAUUCUGAAAGCUUUUGGUGAUGCUCAGGCAGAUGAAUGGCUGUCAGCAGCAAUUGACUGUUUGGAGUACCUCCCAGAUGCGAUGGUGGUUGAAGUAAGCCGCAGUUUACCUGAUCGGCCUGACAAAGUGCAUGUGGGGAAACUGUUGUUGUUUGAUACUGUUGGGAAGUACUACAGCCAAAAAAAGGAACCAUUGCUGAACCAUGUGCCUGAAAUCCACCUGGGAAUUGCUGAGUUGCUAGUUAAUGGAAAAACUGAUCAGGCUUUGGAAGCCAUUCAGCUCUAUUUAAAAUUAUUGGAUAGCCCUGCAAGAGAGGAAUUCAGGAAACUGCUUUACUUCAUGGCCGUGAUAGCUCAGAAUUCUGAACUUAAGCUACAAAGUGAGAGUGAAAACAGGAUGGUUGUGAAAAGAAUGUUCUCCAAAGCCAUAAUCAACAAUAAAACAUUAUCUAAAGGAAAAACAGAUCUUUUGAUUUUAUUUCUGGUGGACUAUCAGAAAGACGUUUUAAAGAUUUCAGGGACGCUACAUAAAAUGGUCAGUGAAAAGCUUCUGGCUAUACAGAGAGGUACAGAUUCCAGUCUGAAUAUUGGAUAUACCUUUUGCAAAAGGCUUGAUGAAUGUGAGUAUCAUUCCAGUGCCAAAAAAACUACAAAAAUGGAAUUGGUGUCUUUACUAAAAACUAUUGAUGAAGACUCCAGUCUCUCUGCCAAGGAACGCAAGAAGUUGCUAGAUCAGUUCUAUACUAGUAAUCCAACUAUCUUUUUGCAGUAUUUUGGUGAGAGAGAUGUUCCUGUGUAUAAGGGUAGACUUGACUUCUAAAAAUCUGUACUGUGUAUCUUUACAAAAUUGUUUUAUAUUGUAAUUAAAAGUGUUAUGUA